CACGGGUAUGUUUGUGUCGAAUCUGCCUUUUUAGGAGGAAGUUUAAAUGCGUCCUCAGACUUCCUUCAUUGAAAAGAUACCAUGGCAGCCACCAAAGCCUCCAAAGAACAGAAAUACGACAGGCAACUCAGACUGUGGGGCGACCAUGGCCAAGAAGCACUGGAGAACGCACACGUGUGUCUCAUCAACGCCACAGCAACUGGAACAGAAAUACUGAAGAAUCUGGUACUUCCAGGUAUUGGAGCAUUCACCAUAGUUGAUGGACACACAGUUUCUGGGGAAGAUGUUGGAAACAAUUUUUUCCUUAGCAACAACAGCAUUGGGAAGAACAGAGCACAGGCUGCCUCUGAGCUGCUGCAAGAACUUAACAGCGAUGUCUCUGGGAACUUUGUCGAGGAGAGUCCAAACAAGCUUCUGGACAACAACCCAGAGUUUUUCAACCGGUUUACCAUAGUUAUUGGGGUCCAUUUGCCAGAAAGCACAUGUUUGAGGCUCGCAUCGGUUCUGUGGAGUGCCUCUGUACCUUUCCUGGUCUGUAAAUGCUACGGCCUGAUUGGCUACAUGAGACUGGCGGUGGAGGAGCAUACAGUGAUCGAAUCCCAUCCGGACAACGCUUUGGAGGACCUGAGGUUACUCCAGCCCUUUUCCGAAUUGAACAACCACAUUGAGUCCUACAAUCUUGACAGCAUGGACAGAAAGGAUCACAGUCACACGCCAUGGGUCAUCAUCGUUGCCAAGCACCUGGAGCAAUGGCUCAGUGAGCACAACAGUCAGCCACCGAAAAAUUACAAGGAGAAGGAGGCCUUCAGACAGUUUAUUCGGGAAGGGAUCCUGAAGAACGACCACGGUGUCCCAGAAGACGAAGAGAACUUUGAAGAAGCCAUCAAGAAUGUCAAUACUGCUUUGAAUCCCACCAAGAUUCCUAGUGCUGUCGAAGACCUCUUCAAUAGUGAGGCGUGUAACAACAUCACAUCACAGACCCCGUCCUUCUGGGUGAUGCUGCGAGCUGUCAAGGAGUUUGCUUUCAGGGAAGGUAAUGGAAGUCUACCUGUACGGGGAACCAUCCCAGACAUGAUCGCAGACUCUCAGAAGUUCAUCAACCUUCAGAAUGUUUACAGGGAAAAGGCCAUGCAGGAUGCGUUGGCUGUUUCUAAGCAUGUAGAAUGUCUAUUACAGUCCAUUGGAAAGCCUCCAGAAAGCAUCUCUGACAAGGACAUCAAACUGUUCUGUAAGAACUCCUCCUUUCUAAGAGUGGUGUGCUGCAGAUCUCUGGCUGAAGAAUAUAGUGUGGAUUCAGUAAAUAAAGAUGAAAUCACUUCAAGCAUGGACAACCCAGACAGCGAGAUGGUCUUCUACCUCAUGCUUCGCGCCGUUGAUCGCUUCUACCAGCUGCACUCCCGCUACCCGGGAGUGUAUAACUACCAGGUGGAGGACGACAUCAGCAAACUGAAGCUCUGUGUGAACAGCCUCCUGCAGGAGUACAGCCUCAACGUCAACAUCAAAGACGAUUACAUCCAUGAGUUCUGUCGAUACGGUGCAGCGGAGCCACACACCGUUGCAGCAUUUUUGGGAGGUUCUGCGGCUCAAGAGGCCAUCAAGAUCAUCAGCCACCAGUUUGUGCCCUUCAACAACACUUUCAUUUACAACGCAAUGUCACAGACCUCUGCCACCUUACAGUUGUGAAUACUUCACCAGUUUGCUUAGCGAAAUCGCCAGAGAAGAAGGCGCAGGAUCAGAAGGACUGCGCCCAGGAAGACUUGCAAAAGAUUUGCGGUAGAAAAAAAAAAGAAGAUAAAAUAUUAUACAUUCAUGGAAUGUAACUUUGAGAGGAAAAGGACUACCUUGUCUCUCCUGGGCCACGUACAAAAGACCGGGUUGGGUUGAUAUAUCAGUACUAAAAGAACGCUUUUUCAUCAUGUUUCAGAUGGGAUAACCGACAAUGUGUGCACGAAAACCUAAAAACGCUUUUCAUGCUCAAUGACGGAGGUCACAAGUCUGCGACGACUCGAUCUUCUUCUGAAUCCUAAAUUCUUGAAGAGACCAAUCAAGAUAGUAACCACGGAACAUUUUCUCCUCCUGCGUUUGUAGUGGCGGACUUACAGGCUCAAAACCGUCAUGUAGUGUUUUUGUGAAAUGGAUGAUAUAUCACAUGUAGCAGCACUUUGUUUACUUACUAGAGCGUUUUUUUGGCUAAAAUGAAUAUGCUGUAUGUAGUGUUAAACUCAAGCAUUGCUGUAAAACAUUGAAUAUUUAACCUGAAAUUGAUUAUUUUUAAUACAAAAGUGAAGUUGACCCUUAAUAAACAUGCAUGUGGUACAGUG